UGUCUGUCUGUGCAGGUUCUCCAGCUGAGCAACAACAACAUCUCUCACAUGGACACUGAAGCUCUGGCUCCUCUCUACAGUUUGGCCGUUCUGACUCUGGAUGGAAACAACCUGCGUCACCUGAAGUUCAGGACCUUCGUCAGUCUGCACACAACAGCCACUCACAUCCAUCUGUCAGGAAACCCCUGGACCUGCGACUGCGAUCUGCACCGUGUCUUCAGUAAGAUCCUCCACGUCCGUCACCUCUACAUCGACGACUACAGGAACGUGACGUGUCAGGAUCCGCCUCAGCUGACCGGAGCGUCGCUGUCCUGGUUGGACAGUCACCUGUGCAUGGCGGAGACGGCCACCGUGCUGGUCAUCGCCAUCACCGUCAUGGUCACCGUGGUGGCGGCCAUUGUGAUGGCAGAGAGGAACAGGCAGAGGAACCGAGGGAAGAACUGGGACAGCGAGUCUCAAACCCAGAGCCCACGCUCCUGAGAGCAGGCGUGAAGCGUCGGAGAGAAUGACCUCACAGUGACAGACAGUAUGUUCUCAUUUCUCAUUGGACGAGAGACAAAAUCACUUCGGUCAGUUUUUCUUUGUUGUAUUUCUAAUUCACUAUAUGUUAAAUAUAAAACAGUAUCUUUAUGUGUCGUAUUUAUUCACUCUGAAACAUGA